UGGCUGCAGGAGAUCUCAGCGUCUUACCCUACGCUGAUGAGAUUGGUCUUGGGGGCGGAAGCUCGGCAUAGAAAAACGGCGUGCUCAUAUGCAUUGUAUAGCAACGGAACAUUACUACAGAACUACAAGCAACUGACUUCUUUGCCCGGGUGUGCUGUGAGGUUUGGUGCAUGCUACCUGUGCUCCUGCGGCUGGCAUCUCAUGCAAAUCAUUGCCAGGACUUUUGUAGCCAGAGUCUACAGACAAGCUAGUUCUGCUCGUUAAAAUCAACCUCUUUGAAACACGGUUUCAAAAAUUCAGAGACCACUCGCUACUUUCAACACUAUUUGUUGAUCUUGCAACCAUUGACCCAACCUGCUCUGCACGUCAUGUCCAAUAUGGAUUCACCAGGGCACAGUCUGACAUCUCACCUGAUCAAUCAGACGUUGUCCUCCAUUGCUAUACUAGAGUCGCUCAACAUUGUCAGCGCUGCAGAUGCCCAUCUCAUACGACAAAAGUUACCGCCCGCAUCUGGACCAUUUCCAGCCCUUGAUUCGCAGGGCCCGACUCAUCCCCAGUCUUCGGUCUCAAACUUGCCAGGAUCUUUCAGCAGCUUGAAUCUUAACAAUCCACCGUCCAGUCCCCAUGAUUAUCGCUCACCUCAAGCCCCGUUGCCGUCCUCCCAGUCACAGCAAUUCUCCCAAACGCCUUCGUCACCCUAUCCGCCCCCGGCACUGCCCCCUCGGGGCCGAGCAACCGAAUCGCGAGCUCGCGCUCUUUGGGAUUACAACGGGACUGCGCAUGAUGACCUGACAUUCCGUAGCGGUGAUACUGUCAUCAUCGACGAGGAAGUGAACGAGCAGUGGUAUCGAGGUCGAGUCAUCCCGCAAGGUCAGCAAUAUCCCUUGGAGCGCUCCGGGCUCUUCCCGAGCAAUUACAUUGAGAAGCUCGCUCCGCAAAAUAUGUAUUCCUCACCGCCGCCACCUCCACCACAAUCUCACAUGGUUCCUUACCAAGGUCCCGGACCUAUGCAACAAUAUGGUUAUGACAAGCCUGGACAACACAUGAUGCCUCCUCCUCCACAUCAAAUGAUGGCCCAGCCUUCAUCUGGUCCUCCCACGUACGUGGUACAGCAGGAGGAACAUAAGAAAGGGAGAUUCGGCAAGAUGGGUGGGACGAUCGGGACAGCAUUCGUUACAGGUGCUGGUUGGGGGGCAGGGUCUGCUGUCGCGUCUGAAGUUGUACACGCCAUUCUGUAGGAUCUCAACAUGAAGACCGGAGUCGGUCUCGCUGUACCAUAUCGCUUGUUCUUCGGCUCUCCAGUUCUGUCCGCUGAAAUGCUGCAAUACGCACGUAUCCCGUCACGUAGCCUUCGAGGCGACUGCGAUGCCUCGCAGCUUGUGAUUCCGUAGAAUUUUGCUGUUAAUGCCCGCAUCCGAGCAAUGUACUGUAUCUAUUCACCCAUGAUGAGCAUUGUACAGUGCAUGAGCAACUCAGGG